ACGAUAUACUUUCUCAAAAUGAUGAGCUAUCUCAGGAUAUCACAUUAACUCUGGAUACUGCAAUUGAAAAUGAAAGUGUAAAACAUAAAAAAAAGGAACUUUAUUUAUUACUCGAUCAUGUCAAAACUAUUAUUGACCAAAAUACUCAAACACCGAAUGCAGAGCAGUGGAUUAAUUCUAUUGAUAAAAAUUUUAAUGCAUUGCGAAAAAUGGUAGACGAUUAUACACAACUUGAGAGAAAACACAAUAUUCCAAACACAUGGGAGGGCCGUAAUCAUAAUACCUUCUGGAUUUAA